CAUCUCUCUUUCAGCUUCCUGUACUGUUUGGCUGUCAGAGGCUCAGACUGAAUUUAAGAGAGUGGCUGAAGAAAACGUGACUUUGCCCUGUCACCACCGCCUGGGCCUCCUGGAGCAAGGGAGCCUGGAUAUUGAGUGGCUGCUCCACAUUUCAGAAACAGUACAAAAAGCGGUGAUCACUUACUCUGGAGGCCGCAUUUAUGAUGACCUGAAUGAGGAACAGAAAGGGCGUGUUUCCUUCACAUCCAACUUUCUUGCUGGAGAUGCGUCCUUACAAAUCAUAUCCCUGCAGUCCAGCGAUGCAGGGAAGUACAUAUGUAAGGUUAAAAAUGCUGGGCAGUACGAAUGGGCUCGCAUCACCCUGAAGGUUGUAGAAAAACCUUCCAAGCCCAAAUGCUGGCUGGAAGGGGAGCUGUUGGAAGGAAAGGAACUGUCCUUGCAGUGCCGAUCCGCCUCUGGCACGGCACCCAUCUCCUACCGAUGGCAGCGCAUAAACGAGGAAGACAAGAGAGCUGAGCAUCUCCCGCCUACAUCAAGAGUCAACAUUUCUAAUCCUGGGCAAGUCCUACUGAAAAAUCUCACGCGGAUGAGCACAGGGUUAUACCAAUGCAUCGCCACCAACGAGGCUGGGCAAGAAAGCUGUGUCGUUCAGGUGACAGUGCAGCAGGCACAAAAUAUCGGCAUGAUCGCUGGAGCAGUUUGUGGAGUGGUGUUGGGACUUUCCCUCCUUUUUCUGGUGGUAAAGCUGACAAUAAGGAGGAAAGAAAAGAAGAGAUAUGAGGAAGAGGAGGCACCAAAUGAAAUCAGAGAAGAUGCAGAGGCACCCAAGGCCCAUCUCGUCAAGCCCAGUUCCUCUUCCUCUGGUUCCAGGAGCUCGCGCUCAGGUUCCUCCUCAACCCGGUCGACAGCCAACAGUGCCUCUCGCAGCCAACGGACUUUGUCAACGGAAGCUACUCCCCAUCUAACUCCUCCCCAAUAUGGCCAGAGGGAGACGGAAGGAAAAGAAAUUGAGCCAAAGAAAGUCGACUACGCUAACCUGAUGAAAAUGGGAGCGACGCUGGUCAUGGUGCCUGCCCAGAGCCGAGCGUUCCAGACCGUGUGA